AUGUCUCCUCCCGAAAACGACCAAGGCCCCAUACCAGUCAUCGACAUCUCCAGGCCAUCCGAGACAGUCGCUCAGCAGGUACUGGACGCAGCUUCUACCCAUGGCUUUCUCUACAUCAAGAAUGACGGUGUGACCAUUCCACCACAAGACAUCGAUGACAUGUUCAAGGUGUCCCAAGGGUUUUUCGCCGCCCCCAAGGAGCACAAAUCGGAAUUCGCAAUCCACUCGGAAAAGGCUGGCGGCAUAAACCGGGGUUGGGUUCAAAUGCAAGGCGAAUCACUAGAUCCCCAAGGCCAAAAGCAAGGCGACCCAAAGGAAGCUUUCAACAUCGGACCUCCCAACCCAACCCUUCAACCCCUACCUUCACCACUCCGAGAAUCGUCUGAACUGAUAUCACGUUUCCAAUCAUCAUGCCAUGCCCUCUGCACAAACAUACUCUCUCUCCUCAACACCGCCCUACAAAUCCCCGAUCCCCAUUACUUCAGCACCCGCCACGACCAAUCCCUUGGCCUGUCCGGCACCAUCUUCCGCAUGCUAUACUACCCGCCAACCUUAUCCCAGGGAAAAGAGUCCAAGCAAGGCGAAACUAGUAUUCGUGCAGGCGCACAUUCAGACUAUGGCAGUCUCACUCUUCUCUUCCGACUCCCGGGCCAACCCGGUCUUGAGCUGUCUACGCCUUCAGGUUGGAGAGCCGUGCCUGUGGAUCCAUCCCCAUCGACUAACCAAUAUCCUCCUAUCUUGGUAAACAUAGGUGACUUGCUGUGUUACUGGACGAAUGGAAUGUUGAAAUCUACUGUCCAUCGUGUUACAUUCGAGGGUGGACAAGAGAGGUACAGUAUGGCGUAUUUCUGUCAUCCGCUGGACGAGGCGAGGUUGGAUGCUGUGCCUAGUCCGGCAAUUGAGCGAUUUGGCAACAGAGGGGAGGAAGAAUUGAGGAGUCAGAGAAAGAGGCUGGGACUAAGAGAGGAUGGAUUGGGUGAGGAGAUCAUAACAGCCAAGGGACACUUGGAAAGAAGGUUGAAGGUGACGUAUGGGAUAUGA